AUGGUCUCGUUGCACGACAAAAAAGAUCCCGUGGUAUCCUUGGAAGAUUUAUGCGUUCGUCAUGUUUGUAAAAACCUCAACUCUCUCACAUUCUUUGAUGGUUCCAAACAAAGAUGGUGCUUCCCUUACCCUGAAUUUUACAUUAGCGUGCGACCAGCGCAGAAGAUUCUCAUUCAGCUAUGCAAACGCAAUGCCCUCGACGAUGAUCGAAUGUGCCUAUUUUCUCCGGAAUUUCUUAACUUGACGUCUCCCAUCAUCAAGGAGGUUAGUGUUAGUUCUUCUGCGCUUCGUGUUCUCAAAGAAUUUCGUCUGUCUGGCCUUUCUGCCGUCAAUCUACCAAAUGUUAAUCUCAAUUCUCUUCUUGGAUGUCUCGGUGAGUGGACCGUGAAGAACCUUAUCAGCCUCAAUGUAACUGGAACAUCCAUACUUUCUGGCAGCUCUUUGCCCAUUCUCGCCGCUCUUGGAAGGUUUAAAAGCCUUGAAAUAGUCGCAGAUGAUCUACCGAACUUGCGUUUCCUCAACAUAUCGCGUACUCGCGUUAACGACAUCCGUCCUUUGUUGUCAAUACGUGACCGUCUAACUGGGCUAGUUAUGCACCGUUUGGAGCUAGAAAAGAGAGAAGAAGUAGAAACUCUCCUUCACACCAUCGUUCAAAUGCAUAAGCUUCAGUUUUUGGACGCUUCCGAUAGACACGGCCCUGUCAACCUUAGGUUUGACGCUGUGGAAACACUUUGUUCUGGAGCAGCGUUACCAGAACUGACGCACAUAGACCUGUCAGGAAACCAGUUCGGUUUGAGAUUUGAAGAUGCAAGGUAA